GUAUUACAGGCGAAGAAUUGCUGUUGGCCAAGAUUUGCCAAUUCAGAGGGUGGCCUGAUUUUAUGUCCACCACCGCCUUCAUCCACCACCGUUGAUUCCCUCCGCCGCUCUUCCCCGUAGACACCCACAAAUCUCCGCUUCCUCUGAAUUUUCAUCGAGUUUUAAUCUCUUCGAACCCUAGCUCUCAUCAAUUCAACGAUUCCAGAAAAUCCCUGAAUCCAUCCUUGCCCGAUCCAUCGUUAAUCAUGGCGAACGAGCAAAUGCCUCCCUCUCCAUCGUCUUCCUCCUCCUCUGCUGCCUCUCCCUUGGGAAACUCCGUCAUCCCAAUAGUGAACAAGCUUCAGGACAUUUUCGCUCAGUUGGGAAGCCAAUCCACCAUUGAGCUUCCUCAGGUUGCUGUUGUCGGUAGUCAGAGCAGUGGCAAGUCUAGCGUACUGGAAGCUCUCGUCGGUCGCGACUUCCUUCCGAGGGGUUCUGAUAUCUGCACGCGGCGGCCAUUGGUGCUUCAGCUCUUGCAGACUAAGACUAGCGAGGAGUAUGGGGAGUUCUUGCACCUACCCGGGAGGAAAUUCUACGACUUCUCUGAAAUUCGGAGGGAAAUUCGUGCUGAGACUGAUCGGGAGGCUGGAGGAAAUAAAGGUGUCUCAGACAAGCAAAUUCGUUUGAAGAUCUUUUCACCUAAUGUUCUUGAUAUUACUCUGGUUGAUCUUCCUGGUAUAACCAAAGUUCCAGUUGGAGAUCAACCUUCUGAUAUUGAAGCUCGGAUUCGUACAAUGAUUAUGUCGUACAUUAAAGUUCCAAGCUGUUUGAUUCUUGCUGUUACACCUGCAAAUUCAGAUUUAGCUAACUCAGAUGCUCUUCAGAUCGCUGGAAAUGCCGAUCCUGAUGGUGUUAGAACGAUUGGGAUAAUCACAAAGCUUGACAUAAUGGAUAGAGGCACUGAUGCACGUAACCUUUUGCAUGGAAAAGUGAUUCCGUUGCGACUUGGCUACUUUGGUGUUGUGAAUCGAAGUCAGGAGGAUAUUAUACUCAACCGGAGUAUUAAAGACGCACUUAUAGCUGAGGAGAAAUUUUUUCGCAGUCAUCCAGUAUAUGAUGGUCUGGCUGAUCGCUGUGGUGUUCCUCAAUUAGCAAAGAAGUUAAACCAGAUUUUAGUGCAACAUAUCCAGGCAAUUCUACCUGGUUUGAAGUCACGCAUAAGCUCUGCACUAGUUUCAGCUGCCAAGGAGCAUGGCAGUUAUGGAGAAAUCACGGAGUCAAAGGCUGGUCAAGGUGCUCUUCUUCUGAACAUUUUAUCAAAAUAUUGUGAAGCAUUUUCAUCAAUGGUUGAUGGGAAGAAUGAAGAAAUGUCAACAUCUGAGCUCUCGGGUGGAACUCGUAUUCACUAUAUUUUUCAAUCAAUCUUUGUGAAGAGUUUAGAGGAAGUGGAUCCUUGUGAGGACUUGACUGAUGAUGACAUCCGAACUGCUAUCCAGAAUGCAACUGGUCCUAAAUGUGCUUUAUUUGUGCCUGAAGUUCCUUUUGAAGUUCUUAUUCGCAAGCAAAUAGCUCGGUUAUUAGAUCCAAGCCUUCAGUGUGCAAGGUUCAUAUAUGAUGAACUAAUUAAGAUUAGCCAUCGUUGUGUAGUAAGUGAACUACAAAGAUUUCCUGUUUUAAGAAGGCGCAUGGAUGAAGUUAUGAGCAAUUUUUUGCGAGAAGGUCUUGAGCCUUCAGAGACUAUGAUUGGGCAUAUUAUCGAUAUGGAGAUGAACUACAUAAACACUUCACACCCAAAUUUUAUUGGUGGGAGCAAGGCAGUUGAGAUUGCAAUGCAACAAGUCAAAUCCUCUAGGGUUUCCUUGCCUAUCUCCAGACAGAAGGAUAAUAUAGAGCUUGAUAAGGCAACAACCACAUCAGAGAGAAGUUUGAAAACUCGUGGGAUUCUGGCAAGGCAAGUAAACGGGAUAGUAGCUGAUCAGGCUGUUCGUCCAUUGGCAGAAGGUGAAAAAGUUACUUUGUCUGGAGGCGCAGGGAGUUCCAGUUGGGGGAUUUCAUCUAUUUUUGGCAGUAAUAGCAGUGAUAACCAUAGUCCUGUUAAAGAAAAUUCAUCAAAAAAAUCAUUUGGCGAGCCUUUGCAUAGUGUGGAACAAUCUUUCUCAAUGAUCCACUUGAGAGAGCCACCAGCUGUCUUGAGGCCCUCAGAAAGCCUUACGGAGCAGGAGGCUAUUGAAAUUGCUAUAACUAAACUGCUAUUGAGAUCCUACUAUGAUAUUGUUAGGAAGAAUAUAGAGGACUAUGUACCCAAGGCCAUCAUGAACUUCCUGGUAAACCAUACCAAACGAGAUCUGCACAAUGUAUUCAUCAAAAAACUCUACCGAGAGAACCUGUUUGAAGAGAUGUUGCAGGAGCCUGAUGAAGUGGCAAUGAAGAGAAAGCGUACAAGGGAAACCCUUCGUGUACUUCAGCAGGCUUUUCGGACACUGGAUGAGUUACCUUUGGAGGCUGAAACAGUUGAAAAGGGAUACAAUGUGGGCGCCGAUCCAACGGGAUUACCGAGGAUCCAUGGACUGCCAAUGUCGUCGAUGUAUUCUACAUCCAGUUCCGGCGAUUCAUAUUCUGCUUCCCCAAGGCAUCUAAAAUCUCGCAAGUCACCUCAUUCGGAGGAGCUCUCGUCUCCAUUCCAUCCUAAUGCUGAUUCUAAUGGAAGCGGAUUCCUGUAAACGCCAGGAAAGUAACCAUCUACACCAUCUUUAAAGACUUCUGAAUGUGCACAAGAGUCCAGUUAUUACUGAAUGAAGGCAAUAUAUUUGAUUUACUGCUCGACCAGGUUUUGGAAUUUUACCAUCCAGAACUUAACUCUAGUGGAGCUAGCUCUUUCUACUAAAAGAUUAAAUCAAGAUAAAAGUAUCUCUUCCUUCUUCUGUGUUCUUCUUGAUAUGUUUUAGCGUUAGAUUGCAUUAUUUAUGAAGGUGCUAUUAAAAUAAAUAGGGAGAAGACGAACUAGUCACUCCAUUUUUGGAAGCCAUCUGGUUGUAAAAAUGUAAUGCCAGUCGAAACUGUUCAGAUUUUGGAAUCAAUGGCUGAUUUUGCAGCUGCUAUAGUUCAUCAGUUGUUCUUUGACCUGUCUCUGAUUCACUUUACAUAUGUAAAUAUGCUGCUCCGGAUCAUAUCUUACUGAGGGGUUAUGUAUGUUUGGAUGA